AUGGAAGGCGGCUCAAACUCCUCUUCUCUCUUCUCGUCCAGUGAGUUGGCCACGCACUUCCUGCUGUCGAUGGUGACCUCCGCGCCCUCCUGCAUGUUCCUCGUCAUCAACGGCACCAUCCUCUUGGUCCUGCGCAGUAAACCCGCGUUCUCCCAGUGCCCGCGGUACGUCCUGCUCUUCAACCUGGUGCUCGCCGACACAGUGCUUAUCGCUCAGGCCCAGACUCUAUACCUCCUCGCCAUAUACAAUAUCUGGUUGUCCUACCCUCUGUGCGGUAGUCUUUCCAUGAUCUCCAACCUGGCCUACCAGAUCUCUCCGUACACGUUAUUAUUCAUGUCUUUAGAGCGCUUUGUCGACAUGUGUUUGCCCUUUAAACACACCACUAUUGUCACUCUGAAAAACACCUACUUUUCCAUCCUUCUGAUAUGGUCUGUUUGCUGUUUAAGCACUUUGAUCCAAGUCAUGCUCAUACUCGAGUUUCCGUUUCACGAGCUUCCGGACCUGCAGAUGAGACAGUUCUGUAUUUUAGAAGCCAUAUUACUUAGCUCUAGCUCUAGAGUCUAUUACUCGAUCUACUCGUGCUUCCUGUUCGCCCUGUCAGCACUGGUCAUCGUGUCUUUGUUCGUGGCGGUGAUGUUGGUGGCGUGUCUGGCGUCGGGGGGCAGGGCUAAGGCGCAGAGGACCCGGAACACCCUCCUCCUGCACCUGUUUCAGCUGGGUUUAAGCCUCCUGUCCGUCAUGCACUUGUACGUGUCUAUGGAAGUGGCCAGGUGCUGCGACAUGAAGAACACAUGGUGGUGUACAUCUGCGUGGUCCUGA